AUGGCCCAACUGUUGCAACAUACACCCGACCCUUCACGGACAACCGGUUGUCGCUACAGUACCACAGAUGUUUCAAGUUCGGAAAUGCUAAUCGAGCCUUCUGAUGAGAGCAAUCAGCAACGUACGGUAUCUGUCAAUCAUGCUCGUUCUGUCGGAUCGGAACUAGUGGAUCCGGUCGAAGCUUGUCCCUCCCUUGCUGGAGUACCUCCAAGACCGCGCAAUCUGCGUCUCGCAUCUCGAUGGGAAGCGAGUCAGCGCAGGAGCACACAUCCUUCUUGCGACCUGUCACCACCAGUUCUUUCCUCUCUGUCUGGGACUUCAGACCUGCAUCAUCCGGACUUUCGUCUGCAUCUGGCCGCUGAAAAACGGGCUCAAUCUCUAGCAGAUGCACAGGUCACUCAGGUGGAGGCAGCUUAUCAACGUUUGGCUGCAAUUCCGGUGCCUAGUCUACUGCGUCCCAUUUGUCAUUGGCUUGCUUUGUACUGGCUGGGGNUGGGGAAAGAUAAUCAAACCCAAGCGGGGCGUUAUCUGGCCCAGUCCGUCGGUAUAGCAGCUACUAGUUUGUAUCUGUCAAUCCUCAGCUCCCGCAUAUCCGAAGUGAAGCCCUCUCAGUCUGCAAUAUCAAGUGAACAAUUGCGCAAUUGGUCGGAUGCACUGAGACAAACAAAACAGUGCAUAGCUCCAAACCAUCCGUUACAUAAUCCACUGAAGGGAACACAGCCAUGCGAGUCAGCUGGCAUUCGAGUGAUUCAAUUCUCUCUGGUCGACGAGAUCGCUGCCGGCAAUGUGUCCACUGAUUCGUCCGAAUUGGGGUUGAAAGCGCUGGACAAUUUUGAUGAGCUCCAGGUAGAAAGCUUGGAUUCAAUGCAAAUUGAGGAUCGUGUUCGAUAUUGGCGAACACGUUACAAACUGGACAGUCGAUUAGAAACUAUGUUGAACGAAAUGCACCGUGAUUGGUUCACUCCGGACGACCUUAAGUGGCUUCUUGGCCCCUUGUCAUCAUCGUCGUCUAUGUCGUCUGCAGAUCCCAAAUCGCCUAGGUCCGAAUCGGUUGUACUGGUAUUGGAUCGUCGUUUGACCUAUCUACCAUGGGAGUGGAUUCUCGCGCCCGGGAUCGAAUCGGAUUCCGUCCGACCUACAUUCACACGUAGUUUCAGCUUACCUCUGGUUAUAGGACAUUUGUUAACCACCACUCAUGCUAUGUCCCAUACAUCGUCAGUGCUCGACACUAAUCUCCCGGUUCGUCCCACCACUUUGUCACACAUGUUUGAUCCACGUCACGCGUUCUAUGUGCUCAAUCCGGAAGCCAAUUUAUCAUUCACACAACAAACGUUUGAGCCUAUCUUUCAAAGUUUCGCCACUUGGCGUGGUGUGGUUCGACGAUUGCCCACCACAGAAGAGGUCCAUGCUGGAUUCACAAAUCACGACUUGUUCAUCUACCUGGGUCACGGAAACGGUUCUCGAUUCCUCCUGCAAACGUUCAAUCAAGGAAUGAGUGCGCGUUCUGUCACCCUUGUUCUCGGCUGCAGCUCUGGCAAACCACGGUGGGAAGGUCGCCAUGAGCCGUACUCAUCUCUGUUCAAUCAUCUAAUCGCCGGAUGUCCAUUUGUUGCUGGCCUGUUGUGGGAUGUCACUGACCGAGAUGUCGAUCGUUUCACUUUGCGUUUCCUUACACGAUGGUUGUGCGAGGACUCAGAUGUAAACAUUCCCUCCCUCAAGCGGCCCAACCUUGGUCUGUGCGUGUCCACUGCAACGACCGCGUGCAAACUGAAGCAUCUUGUGGGCAAAUCCGUGAUUGUCUACGGUCUUCCGAUCGAACCAGAUCCAAACCGUGUACUUCCCGUCCCAUCACGCCGGUAA